CUGCUACGUGAAGGCGCGCGACCACGUAACGGUCUGGCGCGAGAGCGGGUGGCAGCAGAAGAAGAACAGCCAACGGUCGCAACGGUCGUCAGGGCUGAGCCAGCUGCAAUGGCGCCGCCGCAAGACGGAAUUUCCCUCCACGACGCGGACACGAAGUACAAAGUCGCACGCGAGCGCCUUGCCCUCGGAGAAGGGACCGUCGCACUCAAGUUCGGCUCGAUGUACCUCAAAGUCCCGACCGUCAGAGUGAUGUUCGUGUUCACCAAAGAGGACGCGCAGUACGGCGCGCUCAAGUGGGCCGCGGAGAAGAUGCACUACGCGUGCAGCCUGAGUACGACGGCCGAGGAGGCCAUCGAGAGUUUCUUCAGCGAGCGCCCGCACCUGGUGUUCAUCGACGCGCGGGGCAAGGGCGGCAUGGACCCCACCGCACUGUGCAGGACUAUGCGAGGCAACAGAGGCAGCCAGUUCUCGUGCAUCGUCGCUGUUGUCAAGAGAGGGCUGGCCGAGAAAGAAGACGCAGCUAUCAUACCACUGCUCAAAUACGGUUUCAGCAGGUGGCUCACAGAAACCUGCUCCCGCGGCGUGUGCCUGAACGAGAUGAUACAAAUCGAGCACAACGACCUCGUCAACCUGCGGAAGCUAGCGGCGUCCGAGGCGCUGUUCUCGGCACUGCACUUCACCCGAGAUGGCAUCUUCGUCACCGGACCUUCGCACGAGAUACAGUUCGUGAACCACGCGGCUGAGCGGCUGGUGGGCUACGCGGCGGAAGAGCUGCUAGGCGAGAACGCCCGAGAACUGCACCGCAUCGGGUCCCUGAAGGCAGAAGUGGCCGAGUGCAUCGGCGCCAAGCUUCACAAGGGCCACGAGUGGCAGGGCACGCUAUUCCAGCGCCGCAAGUCCGGCGAAUACGUUCCCGUCUUGACCAAGAUCGCGCCCGUCGACAUCACUGGUCCAGGGAAGUUGGACCACGUUGUGUACAUCAAGGAGAGCCCUUUCCUCAUGGAAAGGCCCUUCUCUCCUGACACUGCCGGCUCCAACAAGCGACAGGCGUACGCUGCCAAGUACCACGCGAUGACGAUCGAAGGUCCCAUAACAAAGGUCGUCAACAUGCUGGUGGCGACGAAAGAGAACAGCCAAAUCUCCGUGGGCCAGUCGCUGGACCGCGUCAUCGACAUCCUGCGCUCUACCGACCUGUACAACCCGCAGUUAGGCGCCUCCCUGGCAAAGGCCGAGGACCAGAUGACAUCAGACCUUGUCGCGGGACUCUGUUCUACGGGCCAAAGACCGACGGGUGUCCGGCGACUUUCUCACGAGACUGCGCUGAUGAAAGUGAACGUGGUGAAAGCGACGACGGCGCACGCUUGUCUCCCGCCCAGCCUAGGCGCCGCGCCCUCCAAGAUCGAGGAGCUGCUCGAAAACGACGUCAAGUGGGACUUCGACAUCAUCGAGCUGGAAUCCCACACGGCGCGCCGGCCGCUCACCUGGCUGGGCCUGUCAAUAUUCGCCAAGUUCAGCGUGCACACCAGCCUGGAGUGCGACGACACCAUCAUCAGCAACUGGUUGCAGCUCAUUGAGUCGCACUACCAGGACAACCCGUACCACAACUCGACGCACGCGGCAGACGUUAUGCAAGCCACGGCGUACUUCAUGCUCAGACUGAGAAGCAAGGACAUAUUUGACCCACUGGACGAGGCCAUUUGCCUCGUGUCGGCUGUGAUCCACGACGUCGACCAUCCCGGGAGGUCAACACCAUUUCUCUGCAACUCCAACCAUGAGCUGGCGAUUCUGUACAACGACAGUUCGGUGCUGGAGACUCACCACGCAGCAUUCGGGUUCAAGCUGACGCUGUCGGACGAGAAAGUCAACAUCUUCCAGAACAUGGAGCGUGACGUCUACCGCUCUGUGCGAGCUUCCAUCAUCGACAUGGUGCUGGCCACCGAGAUGACCAAGCAUUUCGAGCACUUGUCCAAAUUCCUCAACGCUUUUCAGAAGCCUUCCCAAGACGACGACGCAUUUGGGCCAGAGGGCACGCAGGACCAAGGGGAGUUUGGAUCCCUACGCUCGCCUGAAAGCGUGGUGCUUAUCAAGCGGAUGCUCAUCAAGUGCGCUGACGUCUCGAACCCAGCCAGGCCUAUCGAGCUGUGCAUACAGUGGGCGCAGAGAAUCGCCGAAGAGUACUGCUCCCAGACGGAUGAGGAGAAACGUCGCGGGCUUCCCGUAAUGAUGCCUGCCUUCGACCGGGCCAUUUGUAGCAUCGCCAAGUCCCAGACCGGGUUCAUCUCCUUCUUCGUGCGCGACAUGUUCAAGGCAUGGUCAGACUUCGGCGAGUUCCCCGAGAUUGUGGACAUCAUAGAGAAGAACUUCAUUUAUUGGAAGGACAAGGAGCCACCUGCACCUCAGUAAGCGAGUCGCAUAUUCUGCCUACAUGGCCAGCUAACCAAAGGAGCACGUGAGACUGUGGCGAGCACAAUAGGCUGCACCAAAUCGGACAGAAGCGGCGGCGAACACCCGUUGACGCCCCAUCGAGUCUCCGCUGCCACUACAGGUUGUGAAGCUGCCCCACGUGGCCGUCGCACCACUACUGAAGCAGUGCUGAGAUGUGCGCAAGCAAGACGACCGAACCCCCAGAGCCUUGUCGCACUUGGCGUGCCCAUCCCAACAGCCUCGCGCGCCGCUUUGUACGUGCUUUGCAAUAAUAAGGCGUGCUGUGCGCAGCA